CUUCAUUUCCUCCCUUCUUUAAUAGCAAUCGAAUCAAUUCACAACUCUCUCAUAAAUAUAUUCCCUCCAAUAUAACUGCCUUUCAUUCCUCUUCCCUUUUGUCUCCAAACUCUCAAAUUCAGCUCUCUUUUGUCGUUUCCCUUCCUCUCCACGCCCCUUGUUAUUAAUGGUUUCAUUUCUUUCUUGCUGCCAUUCAUUCUAGAUUUUCAAAAUCUCCUCUCAUUAGAUUCCUCCAUUCCCUUCCCUCCCAAUUCUUCAACCGAACUCUUCACAAAGGAAUGGAUUUGGAUUCAUCAACCAGAGGAGAAAAUGGAAUUCUCAAUGAUAAUAAGCCAAAAAUCCAUCAGCCCAGUUUAAACCAGCCACCCGAAAACGACGUCGUCGCCGACCGCCCUGAUGAAAGAGCCGAGAAGGGAAGAGUUGCAGAGACGACGGAAUUUUCUGAGGUGAAGGAAAAUGGAUUAUCAUCCGAGGGUAAAAAUGACUUUUCAAAUGGCGGUGAAACUUAUGAGUCCGUUGAAAAAAAUUUGAAUUCCGAUGAUCAGGGUGAAGAAGUCAAAGCUGUUAUUGAUUCUGACUCUGCUAGUAACGACGUCGUUGGAUUAGAUAUGGUUCAGCAGCCGCAUUCCCAUCUUCCGAAGCCGGAGGCUCCACCUGGUGCAGCCGUCGACGACUGGCCCUGUAAGCUUCCCCGAGCGAAAUCCAUGCCGGAAAGCUACGACUUCGACAUGCCGGCCAUCGGUAAAUUCUUCCGGGAGAAGAGCAGCAGCCUCUCCGCUGCCAUCACCAAGAGAAUAUCGUCUUUGAAAGAAAACAACACGUCAUCGGCGCUGGAGCCGGAGUUUACUCAGGCGCCUGCGACGAAUUAUGUGACGGAGUUUAAGCUUUCGGGUUUGAAAGUAAUCGUGAACUUGAAACCGACGAUUGGACAACAUGAGAAGAAAUUGAUGGGGCGGAUUAGUUUCUUUUCGAGAUCAAAUUGUAGAGAUUGCACGGCGGUUCGAUCAUUUUUACGUGGGAAGAAUCUUAACUUCGUGGAGAUUAAUAUAGAUGUUUUUCCAGCGAGGGAGAAGGAACUGGUGGAGAGGACGGGAAAUGCGACAGUCCCACAAAUAUUUUUCAACGAGAAGUUAUUUGGGGGAUUGGUGGCGUUGAAUUCGAUGAGGAAUAGUGGGAUAUUGGAGAAGAAAAUGGAGGAAUUGCUGGCCGGAAAGUGUCCUCCAGAGGCACCGGAGCCGCCAGUGUACGGGUUCGAUGAUCCAGAGGAGGAGAAGGAGGAGCAAGCGGACGAGAUGGUGCAGAUUGUUAGAAUUUUACGGCAAAGAUUGCCGAUUCAGGACCGUCUGAUGAAGAUGAAAAUUGUCAAGAAUUGUUUCUCUGGCGGUGAGCUGGUGGAGGUUUUGAUACAACAAUUGGACUGCGGGAGAAGAAAGGCGGUUGAGAUUGGGAAACAAUUGGCAAGAAAGCACUUCAUCCAUCACGUCUUUGGGGAAAAUGAAUUUGAGGAUGGUCACCACUUCUAUCGAUUCCUUGAGCAUGAGUCUUUCAUUCCAAAAUGCUAUAAUUUGCGUGGAGCAACAAAUGACUGUGAGCCGAAGGAUGCUGCCCUCUUAAGCCAGAGGUUGAUGAGGAUAAUGUCAGCAAUACUAGAGGCUUAUGCCUCUGAUGAUCGUUGUCGUCUUGAUUAUGUGGCCAUCAGCAAGAGCGAAGAGUUCCGGAGAUAUGUGAAUCUAGUUCAAGAUCUCCAGAGAGUGAACAUCCUGACACUUUCAGCAGAAGAGAAGUUGGCCUUCUUUUUGAACCUUUACAAUGCCAUGGCAAUACAUGCAGUUAUAAGGGUUGGUCAUCCUGGAGGAAUGAUCGAUAGAAGGUCAUACUUCUCUGAUUUCCUGUAUGUUGUGGGGGGCUACCCCUAUUCCCUUACAGCAAUAAGAAAUGGGAUUCUUAGAAGCAAUCGUAGAGCACCUUUUUCACUUGUCAAACCAUUCAGUGGUGGAGACAAGCGCCUGGAGCUUGCUCUCCCAAAAGUCAAUCAAUUGAGUCAUUUUGCCCUUUGCAAUGGCACAAAAUCAAGUCCUGCAGUAAAAUUUUUCAGUCCUCAAGGUGUUGAAUCCGAGUUAAGGUAUGCAGCAAGGGAGUUCUUCCAAAGGGAUGAUGCUAUGCAGGUUGAUCUGGCCAAAAGGACUGUAUACCUCACUAGAAUAAUCAAGUGGUACAGUGCAGAUUUUGGUCAAGAAAAGGAGACUCUGAAGUGGAUAAUAAAUUACUUAGAUGCCACUAAAGCAGGUCUUUUGACCCAUCUUUUAGGUGAUGGUGGCCCUGUAAACAUCGUUUACCGGAGCCAUGAUUGGUCAUUGAAUUCCUGAGUAUUCUCUAAUAUGUUUUCCUUCAUCAUAUAUGGUUUCAAAAACCAGAACAAGCAAUUUAAUUUAACUGACAAUAUUAUGUAUUAUCAUUAUAUACAUGGAAAAUUUUGUACAUAGCAAUAGAAGUUUGAAGCUGUCAUGGCUCUAGGUGAUUUGUACUUUUGACAAAUGCGAGAAAGUAAUUUUGAGUUU